UCGCUGACGUCAUGAUACUGGGCCGCGUUUUGCUGAAACCAUAGGAAUGCGACACACUUUGUAUUUACAGCCCAAAGCUACGGCGCUUUGACUUUUCCGUGUGUGUGUUUCUACUCGAUCGCUCGUCUUCGGUCACCGUGUCCGUUUCAGCGUCUCGUGGAGACGCUUCCGACGGAUUCACCGACUUGAAUUUCUUCGCGGAAACAACUUUGUUGCUGCAGGGAGUCUGGUUUUUCCUCUCGUCCUCCGCUGCGUUUCCGACAUGAGAUCAGGUGGAUAGUGUGUGGCUGCUGACUAAACGAGUACCUGUGACUAAAAGUCUGAUGUUAGGCUGCAGCUGCCUCAGCCGCCAUCAUGUUCACCAAAAAGAAGAAGUCUCGUAUCCAGAUCUCUGCUCCAUCUAACUUUGAACACCGUGUGCAUACGGACUUCGAUGAGCAGGAGCAAAAGUUUGUUGGGUUGCCACGGCAAUGGCAGUCGCUCAUCGAAGACACGGCCAAAAGGCCCAAACCCUUCAUCGAUGCAACUGUCAUCACUACAGUAGAGCCGCACAAGUCAAUUGUACGUGGCAGCAAGCUUGGAGUGGACGGCUCUCUGACGUGGCUGUUGGAUGAGUUUGACACCAUGUCAGUGACUCGCUCCAACUCCCUGCGACGAGGCAGCCCUCCCACCCAGCCUCGCAAGGACUCCAGCUCUUCAGGAGGAGGGCAGGAGAACGGAGAUCCUCACCACAGACACUAUUCACACCCAGACAGACAAGACAGAGACCGGCACAGACAAGACCACCACAGUGGAGGUGACCCCCGCCAGGGUCAGCGCGCGGUCCGUCCUCAGUGGGAUGAGGGAGGCCAGGGUCGGCCCCAGCAGCAGCCCCGGGGCCAAGAGCCCAGCAGGGCCCACAGAGACAGGCCAGGCUCCGGCCCCCCUCCUCCUCCACACAGAGACAGAGCGCCUCGGGACCGGGACCAGGAGCAGGUGGUUCACAGGGAUCAACCCGGUGACCAUAGGCCAAAGUCCAGCUACAUGGUGCGGGAUGGCAGCCCUCAGUCUCCCAGGGACAAGAGGCCUCUCUCUGGGCCCAAUAUCCGCACCCCAAACCUGCCAGUAACAGACGGGGUGAUGAAGACUGCCCAACAGACCACACGGCCAUUCAACACCUACCCGAGGACAGACAGCGAGGGAGGACGCAGCCCCACAGGACAGCCGGUUCGACACCAUGAAUCCUCCCCUCAGAAUGGUCCCUCAAGCAACUCCACCCGAGGGUCCUCCAGCUCCAAGCCCCCUAUCAGCCAACCACACCCUCAUCACACUUCCCACCCAAGCCUGACCCCCGAAGCCACCCAGCACCCACACACGCCUCACCCCAGUGUUCCAGCCCCGCGGCCCCCCGUGCCCUCUGGGCCCCCGGCAUCAGGUGCUCCGCCACAGGGCCGCUCACCGCAGAGGGAGCCCCAGAGGGUUUCCCAUGAGCAGUUCAGAGCAGCGUUACAGAUGGUGGUGGAUCCCGGUGAUCCGCGGACCUACCUAGACCACUACAUUAAGAUAGGGGAGGGGUCCACUGGGAUUGUGUGUAUUGCCACAGUGAAGACUACAGGGAAACUGGUUGCUGUGAAGAAGAUGGACCUGAGAAAACAACAGCGCAGAGAACUCCUCUUCAACGAGGUGGUAAUUAUGCGGGACUACCAUCACGAGAACGUGGUGGAGAUGUACAACAGCUACCUGGUGGGAGACGAGCUCUGGGUCGUCAUGGAGUUCCUGGAGGGGGGAGCUCUCACUGACAUCGUGACGCACACCAGGAUGAACGAGGAACAGAUAGCUACAGUGUGUCUGUCUGUCCUGAAGGCGUUGUCUGUCCUCCACACACAGGGUGUGAUCCACAGAGACAUCAAGAGUGACUCCAUCCUCCUCACUCAUGACGGCCGGGUGAAGCUGUCAGACUUUGGUUUCUGUGCCCAGGUGUCGAAGGAAGUGCAAAGAAGGAAGUCUCUGGUUGGAACACCAUACUGGAUGGCACCAGAACUCAUAUCCAGACUUCCUUAUGGACCAGAGGUGGAUAUCUGGUCUCUGGGUAUCAUGGUCAUAGAGAUGGUGGAUGGGGAGCCGCCGUACUUCAACGAGCCGCCGCUCAAAGCCAUGAAAAUGAUUCGAGACAACCUGCCUCCCAAACUGAAGAAUCUGCACAAGGUCUCCCCUCUGCUCAAGGGCUUCCUGGACCGGAUGUUGGUGCGAGACCCGGCUCAGAGGGCCACGGCCGGCGAGAUCCUCAAACACCCCUUCCUGACGAAGGCGGGCCCGCCGUCCUGCAUCGUCCCUCUGAUGAGGCAGAACAGGAUGAGAUGAGAUAUGUGACACUAAGACCUCCGGACACUGGAGGGCGGCGUGUGCCGGUUCAGAUGGAACAGAAUACUCCUGCACACAGAGGUCAGAGGUCACAGACGGGAGGUCUGUGCUUCGGGUUAAACUCUCAGACUGUCCUGUGAGCUGCAGAGUGGAAACUGGGUGUGCAGGAGUAUUCUAUUUUUUUAUGUGAAUCACUGAACUGUGGGGAGUGUGUUCCCUUCAUAAGACGCAAUAAGGCUGUGUGUGUGCGUGUGCGUGCGCGUAUUUGUGUGUGUGUGUGUGUGUGUGUGUGUGUGUGUGCGAGCUCUCUUGGGGGAGAAGAGCAGAGAAGCCACAACUUGCCCGUCGAGUGAUUUUAGCCGAUUUCCUGUUUUCGUUUUAGUUGAUGGGCCUGACCUGGAGAGCUUCAGGACUGAGGCUGUUUUAUUUUUCCAUUUGGACAGUACCUGGAUUUUAAGUGUGAAGGUGGGGUUUUGCACACCAAUCGAAUGCUUUGAAGGAGCCGUGAGAUUUUAGAGACAGACGGAGCAACUUUUAAUCUCACCGUCUCACAGUCUGGACGCCGAAUUUUCUCACUACAAAGACUUCUCUCACGGACGGAUCCCGGACUCGGACGCUCUCCUCACCGCGGCCAGAACUUUACUACUGAGGGAGGAAAUCUUCUGACUCAGAAAUGAGUCAGAUGGACUUUAUUUUGUAGCCAUAUAAAUACUAGCUUCCUGUUGUAAACAAGCAAACAUACACUAAGUCAAAAGGUAAACACUGGAGUUGUGGUUAACAGAUGAAUUUUUCUCUUAUUUCCACCUUAUUUUCCUGUGUAAGUACAAUGAACAUAGAGAGAUAUAUCAGUCGUGAUGUUUUACCAUCUCUUUUUUGUGAUUGUUUUAUUAUUAUGAUGAUUUGUUUUCUGCUUUAUUUUAGAGAGUGACGUGAUGAUUUUCGAAGCACUGUCGAGGAGAGAUAGAAGCUGCACUCCCGGUUAAUUCCAGCGCGCAGACAAUAGACACUAGUCAUUUUAUUUUGUUGUUUGUUUUUUUUUUACACCUGACCAGACGGGGCUUUGUGACCAUAAAGAAUCCACCUCCUUCCAACUGAAUGGGUAUAAAAUAAUGACAAACAAAGAACAGAAUCCUGUUUUAGCUGUUUUUCGGCUUUUGUUUUUAAAACAGGAGGCUUUUCACACCCUCUUUUGCGUACCUUAGUUUGCUAUUUCAGCUGAUAGAGGUAGCUCACUUCACAAUAAACACAAACUGCUUUUUAGCCGACCGACGAGUUGUUUUGACUCUGCGGUGCAUGUCGGCUUUCUUUUAACAUCAUCACUCGGCUUCACCCGACUCUCAGCGGCUGCUGCGCCAGUUUUCUGAUUGAAUCGAUUAAUGUUUGAUUGCCUGGUUAAUGCGUCUGGCAGAGCGCUCCUUAGUCCACCUCAGUGUUCGAGUGCUUGAAAGGAGCAAACAGGAGGUUUUUGUCAUCUGGCGAGUAUCUUAUUUAGAAAUGAUAAAGAACAACUCAUACACUAAUCAGCCUGACACACAGAAAGGAGCAUAACCAGCAAGAGUGUUUACAUUCAUAUCUGAUGAAUAGUGUUGGUCAUGCUCCUAAUGUGUGAUCUGUUAUUAUUUCAGUCGGCAUGCAUGUGGUUUCGUUGAGAGUGGACCAUUAGGCAGAUGAUAGAAAGAUAAGAGAAGUACUUAGAAAGCAGGAAACACUUUCAUGAAAAUCCACUCUGGGCACCAGUGAGUAACAGCUGCUAAUGGUGUGUACACACACACACACACACAGACACACACAACCUAAAAAAAAAAAGAUCUGACCUGUGUCAAAUUGUUCUGGACGGCGCUGGGAGCACAAAGGCCUCCAUUAAUUUCAAAGUGUAAAAAGGAGUUCUCAUAAAGGGAGUACAAGGUGUAUGAGGCGUUUUCCACAUCAGCACAGAUCAGUUACUGCAAAUCACAAUAAAUUCCCUUUCAAACACUCACCUGAUUUUUCCCCUGUACCAAACAUCAGGCGAAGACCUGCAGGCCGAAUUCAACCAUAGAGAAUUAAUGACAGUGUGGCUCAGGUCUGGGUCUGCCCUGAUGUUCCUCAGGCUGCAACAGGAGGCUUCGUCACCAGCAGACAUCUGUAGUUUCACGCUGUACCUUGUAGCAGUGAAAAAUAAUUUCUAAAGAAGAAAAAAUAAAACCCAUCCCUCUCAAGGUAACGCGGCACAGAGAUGCACAUAAACAGGCCUGCGGACACAUUCCCCUCUCUGUGCCAACGCUGCUGUUUCAUUCGACGUCUUCCAGCUCAGCUGCUGCCGCUCCUCUCGUCAGACCAGACCUCAGACCGUGACAGAGUACUUCCCGCUAAUCCAGUGCUCCCUGAAAAUGAACAUUUUCUUCCACUUUAGAUGCUUUAGAAGUCAAAACUGCAGCUAAACAAAGGGAGGAGUUUGGUGUUUUUCGGAUGGUGUAGCACACAUGCUGUUCUUGUAGUCGUGUACUUUUCUACGUGCACACAGUCUAUACUGCAUAUAUUACACUGCUACACAUACUGUACUGCAGCAUUGGGUGCACUUCCUCGUGAGCAAAUGUAGAAACCUAAUGCUGUGAGACCUUGCAGGAAGAGUAGCAGCACAGAGUAGAAGUUUAAGCUGGAUGCAGGUUUUCAUUCCAAGCUGAUUAGUUUGUUUUCUAACGAUGCUGAUAACUCCAACAAAGCACAGCUAGCUGUGGUUCAAAGAGAGCAAUGAGACCAGUGAAGCAAAGGCGCUGUUAUUCUGGUUAUUAAUGCUGUGUAGCUUCACUUCUUGGAAGAGGUAACAUCGCUAGCUUCUGUGUAACUGCAGCUCUCGGGGGUGUUUGUCACUGUGGUUACUGAGAUGAUGCUGAAUCCAUUAGGCUGCAUCUUCAGCAGCUCUGAAAAUGCUUCCUUCCUUCAAGCUGUGGUCAUGUUUCACACAGAUGAACUCUGUUGUCUCUGGAUUCUGGAACAGCGUGAACAAUGUGCUGUGUCAGUAUGAGUGCGAGCGGAGAAAAUGUCGUUUCCACGUCAUGUUUACGUGGCGAGCCGCAGGAGCUCGUUCGUUUCGAGCCACGCAGCCUGAACGCAGGUUAAUCGUAAACUGACACUUACCUGCCUUCAAAACAAGUUUCCGCAAGGCGCUUUGGACUUUGUCUCCUUGGCAGCUCACCAGACUGCAGGAUUUCAGCUGUGGCAGAUUCUGGAUCUGUUUUGUGGUCAAAAGUGGGACACGCUGAUAAUGGCUCACAUAUGGCAGGUGAUGUUUCGUGUUUGUAGUGUUUCGUGUGUAAUCAGAGACGUGAUGGCUGAGCUGAAUGAAAUCGUAGAUUGAAUGACUGUCAGCUGAAGUUGCAAAUUAUUCAGUUUGGGCUGUGAUUUUUUAAGAUAAGACUCUUUGAAUGUCCUGUUUUUGUUUUGAGAGUUUUCCUCACAGUCAGAAUCUUAAAUUUGAACAUUGCUCCCCCUUUAAAUCCAGUUUCAGGCUGCACAUACUGACUCAUCUCUUACUACGUUUUAAAUCAUUCUGUUUUUGGGGACUGACAACAAAUAGACUUAAUAAUGAAGGUGAGGGCCUUCGUCCUGCUAAGUGCAGCUCAAUCAGGUGUGUUUCUCUUUCUAAUAUUGGAAUUUAUACUUUUGACAGUAUUUGGGCCACUGAUUGGAAACAAGAUUGCUUUGAGAGCAAACUGUAAAUAUGAUUAGGUUACCUGGAUUACGUAGAUGUUUGAGCAUGUCCUCAAAGUCCCUUCUGUAUCUGGAAGUAUCUGUAUCACACAGUUGCUGUUUUGACCUGUUGGGCUCUCCUGCUGUUCCCCAGCGGCUGCUUCAAAGCACGUCUGUUUAUUGACUCAUGCAUUAUUCACCGGGUUUCAUUUUCAUUUCAACUAUCCUAAAGCCUGAGCAAAGAAGGCUGUCAUUGGUGAAACCAAUUUCACUAUUAAAAUCUCCAGACCUCCAGACUAGACCUUCAGCUUUUUCCUCAAAAUAUUUGAACUUUUUUCCUAACAGUGGUCCUAAUGCUCUGUUGUAUAGGAGUGUUUUUUUUUUGGCCCUACCUGCCGUUCGUCCAGGUGGGAGCAAACACUCUCUCAUCCCACAUUUGAUCUGUUGUCCUUUGAUUAUCAAUGUGAAAAUCCCAAAUCUGUUCAUCUGUUCACUCUGCUGGUGGACUGAUGCUUACUAGGUAGACUGUAACUCCACUUGUAUGGACCAGAGUCAACUGCUGUGUGUGUGUGUGUGUGUGUGUGUGUGUGUGUGUGUGUGUGUGUGUGUGUGUGUGUGUGUGUGUGUGUGUGUGUGUGUGUGUGUGUGCAUAUUCAUGAGUUCAUGCCUUAACAUUUACAAUCACUACUGGACGGAUCAUGAUUCUGACACUACGACUGGGAGCCGGUGAAAGGAGACUUCUCAUCUGUGUCUGAGCAGUCUUGAAGUCAUUCUGAUGUCGUUUUUAUACCGAGUGCUGUUUGCAUCCUUUGGUUGAUGCGUCACAAAGCGACGGCUCUCAUUAACAUUCCUGACAGUUUUUAAUCGCUGACACCACUUUAAACUGAGGAUUUUUCAGGGUGUGCGUUUUUUUAAUGUGGUCCAGAGUGUCUCAGAGUCUUCGCCCCUCAGCUGCAGUUUCUGAAGGAGGUCUGGUCCAAAGGGAGUUUUCAAGAAGCAGGACUGCUGGGCUUCCUUUCUUCCUGCGUGUCCUUGCUUGAUUUCUUCAUUAGUAGCCAGUGAGCAGCUGCGGUGCUGCUGUUCAGGCUUUAGUGCCUUGCUUAGCGGCAUCCUGACAGACAUUUUUGGGGGUUGUCCUGUGAUGUGAGGGAGUCUUGCUCCUUGGAAAAAAAUAAAAAACCCUGCAGGACUUUCCACAGUGAACAUGACUGAGGUUAGUCAGGAACCAGGACCACUACUGACCAACUAGCCUACUCUAAAAGAUAUGUGACAAAAAGAAACUAAAGAAUUCAACCUUUCAUGGACUGUUAUGACUCAUUGACUCGCCUCUUGUAUAAAAGCUGAUUUUGUUGAUCUGUUGGAGUCUUGACUCCAUCAGAUUCCAGCGUUCCUGCACCGUCUUGUUUUGUAACUUCACUGGUAUUGUAAAAACAUAGACUUCACUUUGCAAAUGUUACUUUUUUUUUGCAAAUACAGAUUUUGUAAAAGUCA